AUGAAGAACUGUGUUGAAUAUUCACUGCUUUUUGUCAUUUCCAUCAUGCAAGCUUCCCUACAGCAAAGGAUCAUUGGAGGCCAAGAAGUUGAGCCCUACUCCAUAAAAUACCAGGCAUCAAUACAGUACAAUAACCAGCACUACUGUGGAGGAACUCUUAUUCACCCACAGUGGGUGGUGUCUGCUGCACACUGCUGGAAGCCAAACUAUUUGAUCAAAGUAGUGCUGAGUGAGCAUGAUCUCUUCAAGAAAGAGGGAGUAGAGCAGGUGUUUAAUGUCUCCAAAACCCUGGUCUACUACCUGUAUAACUACAGGACAUUUGAUAACGACAUCAUGCUCCUGAAGCUUGAGAAACCAGCUGACCUGAAUGCUAACGUGCAGCCAGUUCAGCUGCCGAGCGCAGACACGCCACCACUCUAUGGGGGCAUGAUGUGUGCAGUGAGCGGUUGGGGGGUCACGCAGGUCUACAGCUAUUCCCUGUCCUCUGUGCUACGUGCUGUGGAUGUACAGAUCAUCCCCAACUGCCAGUAUUACUAUUACUACAGAAUAACAGACAACAUGGUGUGUGCCGGCUCUCCACUGGGAGGAAAAGACUCAUGCCAGGGUGACUCUGGUGGCCCCCUUGUAUGUAACGGCUACUUCGAAGGUAUUGUCUCCUGGGGCAUUGGUUGUGCCAAUCCAUAUUUCCCUGGUGUCUACACCAAAGUUCGUAACUACAUCCGCUGGAUCAACUGGAUCAUUGACACCAACAGUGACUAGACUAUUUUUGUUCUUUUUGCAAGUUCUUAUAGGAAGAAAUGACAUAUCAAAUGUUCAAUGAAUAUAGUAUAUUGCCUGUCAGAAGUUUUGGGACAGACCAGCUUCCUUGGCACUAAUAAAUCAGUUUGGGGUCAGUGAAAAUCAGACUUUACUAGGUAA